AUGAAGGAGAAAAGGGGCGAGAAGGAGGCUGAAGUAGAACAAAUCCAAAACAAUUGUAAUAAAAGUAAUCCUUUGCUGGAGGGAGGGGAAAUGAACAAGGCAAUAGGAAACUCGGGAGGUGAAAAUGUGGUGAAAAACCUGGAAGUCGAGAAUGUGGCUGAAUCGCUAGGUGCCGUAGCAAUUGCUGGUUCGAAAGCGAAAGGACAAGCAAAAGGGACUUCGGGUAGGAAGACGGCAUGGAACAUGAAGAAAAUUGAAGAAUAUUGCAGACUCGUUUGGAUCGAGGAGGUUAUAUUGAGGCAAAGGAGCAGAGCCCUUUGGCUAAGGGACGAUGAUCGCAACACAAAAUUCUUUCAUGGCAAGGAGAACCAACGACGAAAAAAGAAUCACAUCGCUAAGCUAAAAGAUGAUAAGGGGAUUUGGUGGAGGGGUGAGAAACAUUGCGAAAGAAUCCUACUGUCUUAUUUUUCUGAUAUUUUCUCCUCAUCUGGUCUAUCAAAUAUUGAGGAAGUCUGCCAAGUUAUGAAGGGGAAGAUCAAUAGCCAACAAAAACUUUGGUGCCAAGCCCCGUAUUCUUCAUUGGAAGUCAAAGAAGUGUUGAAGCAGAUGCACCCCUUGAAAGCUUCGGGUCUAGACAUACUUCCUGCACUGUUUUAUUAG